GGUUACCAGUAAACCGCAAAGCCAAAGUAAUCAUCUUCAUCAUCUUCUUCUUGUCCCUCUGUCGCAGCAGAAGAUAAAGCAGCACCGCCACUUGCUUCCCGCCAUCCUCCGCAGCUCCGCCGUCUCCUUCCACCACCACCUCCUCCUCCGCCGCCGCCGUCCCCACCUUCUUCGCCAGCCCCAUCAUCGGAGAAGCAUCACCGAGCUAUGCGCACCAGCUGCCGCCGUUAGCUCCAGCUAGCUGGGUCCAGCAACGAGCAGGGGGGGCGGGGGGAAACGAGAGCGUCCCAGAUGCUGAGCCUGCAGCCGCCUCGGUGCCGUUUCUCUCUCCCUAUCGCUUUCUCCGGCUCCGGUGAUGCGCGGUCUCUCUCUUGGCCGGGUCCGAGCCGGCGGGUCGGGUGCAGUUCGGCGCCGAACCGCCGGUGCGGGAGCCGCGGGUUGCGGAGGAAGGCGGCGAGGGUGAGGAGCGUAGGGAAGGAGGAGGCCGAGCUGCGGACUUCCUCUGUCGUGGAAGAGGAGGAGGAGGAGAAGCGGGGUGAGUACGAGGAUGUCGAUCCUCAGGAUCUCGAGUAUGUGCGGCAGAUUCGGAGAGUGUUGGAGCUUCUGAAGAAGAAUAGAGACAUGAUCUUCAGUGAGGUCAAGCUGACGAUUAUGAUCGAGGAUCCGAGGGAAGUCGAGCGAAGGAGACUCCUUGGGAUCGAAGAUCCCGAUGCCCCGACUAGAGACGAUUUGGUUGAAGCUCUAGUGCAAGUCAAUGAAGGAAAGAUCCCUGAAGAUCGUCUUGCUCUUAAAAUGCUUGCGGAGGAGAUGCUGCAGUGGCCUAACUUGGAGGAGGCGGCCCCCAAAAAGAAGCCAGGCAAAUCACUAUAUGCAAAAGCCACGGACACUGGUAUCAGUCCUGAAGUGGCUGCUAAGAGACUGAAUGUUGACUGGGAUUCAGCCGCUGAAAUUGAAGAGGCUGAUGACAGUGAUGAGACAGAAGUGCCUCCAGCUGUGGCAAAGAGAAAGCCCAACUACAAAGCAGAGCAAGUGGAUUCUUUAAACUGAACUAAGACGACCCAAGAACACCUCUACAUUCUUUUGGCUGGAGUAGAUGGUGUUGAUGGUCUUUGGUGGUUAUAUGCUGUGAAACUAGUGUUUUAAUGGGAAGUUUUGUUACUGCCUCUGGAGCAUGAGAAUUGAUUUACCACGGCGGUAGCAAUAUAAACUUCAUUAAUCACAUACUCGUUAAGAGGUUUCUUAUUAUUGUUCAACUUCUGAGUGAAUGGAUUCACUCUGAAAUGGUAGUAUUCCGAACCUUACUAUGAUUGUGUUGGCAAUAAGAUAUUACUUAGUUCA